CAAAACCCUUAUGAUUUUUUUUCUUUUCACAGAAAACUGGAAUCAUUAGUUUUAUGUGUGUCGGAAUGGAUUUUUGUCCCAUAUAUCCAUCUGGUAUAACGUUUAAAACAUUAUGACGCAGUGGCUAUUUACGACUCUUUACGACGCUGUCUGACGUUUUACGGCAGUGCCCACAGUUCCCCUGCGCCCAGCUUCGAGAUGGCUUCGUCGUUCUGGAAAGGUGUUGUCGGUGUGGGGCUUUUUGCCUUAGCCCACGCGGCUUUCUCGGCGGCACAGCAUCGAUCAUACAUGCGGCUCACAGAGAAGGAGCACGAGACGUUACCAAUUGACAUUGUCCUGCAGACCUUGUUGUCAUUUGUGAUGACCUGUUACGGGAUUGUCCACAUUGCUGGAGAGUUCAAGGACAUGGAUGCUUCCUCGGAGCUGAAAAACAAAACUUUUGACACACUGAGGAAUCACCCGUCGUUUUACCUCUUCAACCAUCGAGGUCGGGUCCUGUUCCGCACGCCGAAGGAGGAGCCGUCCUCCAACCAGCAGGCUCUGCCCAACCCCAUCAGGCUACGCAAGCUGGAGCAUUAGCACUGAGCCGGGGCCCCGCCCGCCUCAGACCCUCUCACCGCCCUGAUAGGAUUUGUUUUUGUUAGCCAGGGUGAGGGGGAGGGCUCUGAGAACUUAACUUCUUCCACUUAAAAAAAGUUUUAUUUAUUAAUAAACUAAUAUGCUGUCCAAAAUUAGCAUCUCUGUCCAUAAAGUGGUUACCCCCAUAAGCGACACUGACUGUGCCAACCCUUCUGUUUUCCGUGCAGAUUUGUUUGUGUGUGUGUAUAUAUAUAUAUAUAUAUAUAUAUAUAUAUAUAUAUAUAUAUAUAUAUAUGCUAUGAUGGCUUUAGAGUCUUAAGAGACUCAGAUGUUUUUUGCUUUUCUUUCCUCUUUUGAGCUAAAUCAGAAUAGCACUGCUCUUUUUGAAUUGAUUUUCCACGGUGGUUUAAUUUCACCCUCUCGCUUCUCUACCACCGCUGCUCAGGCCAAGUUUUAAGUUUGUAGAUGUGAGCUUUAUAAACAAAAGAUCCCCCGUGUUUCCCCGAACGACGUCCUGCUGCCUCAGCGUGUCCGGUUUGCGAGGGAAGUUGUUUGUUUUCAAGCCAGGGAAUCCGGCUGGAGGUGAGAAGUGAAAGCAGGAAACAUUACAGUCUUUCUAAUGACACUUUGGACCUUAAAAUUCAAACAACUCCCUUCAUUUCCGUGAGUUUUGUUUUCCAUUAUUUUUUUUUACGUUUUGUUAACAUCCUACAGACUGUUUUUAAUUUAAUAAAAUUCAUACUGGUUUUACAAAGUGGAUGUUUUUUUAUUUAUAUAUUUCAAUCACUGCUGAUGUUUUAACUUGAUGAUAAAAAUGAAAAAUGCUAUUUUAUGACUACAUGGCUGAAUAAUUGUAGUUUAUGUGCUGUGACCACUUCAUGUAAUGAAAGACAAGUUUUUGGUGUUGGGCACUAGGUGGCAGUAGAGUAGCCUCAAAUGUGGGUAGAUGAAGAGUAUGUUUUCAGACUGAUUGAGCAAAAUGUAAAAGUUCAUAACAUAAUGAAAUACAAAUUCUUUACACUGAGAA